AUGACGCCACUGAUCAGAACUAAACGAGAUCCAAUAGGAGUGGAUGGCAAGGCUGUUCAGUGUUCAGUAGGUCUGUUUUCUCCUGAUCUAGUCACAGGUCUGUUGUCUCCUGAUCUAGUCACAGGUCUGUUGUCUCCUGAUCUAGUCACAGGUCUGUUGUCUCCUGAUCUAAUCACAGGUCUGUUGUCUCCUGAUCUAGUCACAGGUCUGUUGUCUCCUGAUCUAGUCACAGGUCUGUUGUCUCCUGAUCUAGUCACAGGUCUGUUGUCUCCUGAUCUAGUCACAGGUCUGUUGUCUCCUGAUCUAGUCACAGGUCUGUUGUCUCCUGAUCUAGUCACAGGCCUGUUGUCUCCUGAUCUAGUCACAGGUCUGUUGUCUCCUGAUCUAGUCACAGGUCUGUUGUCUCCUGAUCUAAUCACAGGUCUGUUGUCUCCUGAUCUAGUCACAGGUCUGUUGUCUCCUGAUCUAGUCACAGGUCUGUUGUCUCCUGAUCUAGUCACAGGUCUGUUGUCUCCUGAUCUAGUCACAGGUCUGUUGUCUCCUGAUCUAGUCACAGGUCUGUUGUCUCCUGAUCUAGUCACAGGCCUGUUGUCUCCUGAUCUAGUCACAGGCCUGUUGUCUCCUGAUCUAGUCACAGGCCUGUUGUCUCCUGAUCUAGUCACAGGCCUGUUGUCUCCUGAUCUAGUCACAGGCCUGUUGUCUCCUGAUCUAGUCACAGGUUUGUUGUCUCCUGAUCUAGUCACAGGCCUGUUGUCUCCUGAUCUAGUCACAGGCCUGUUGUCUCCUGAUCUAGUCACAGGUCUGUUGUCUCCUGAUCUAGUCACAGGUCUGUUGUCUCCUGAUCUAGUCACAGGCCUGUUGUCUCCUGAUCUAGUCACAGGCCUGUUGUCUCCUGAUCUAGUCACAGGUCUGACACAAGGGAAAGGGGGAUACCUAGUCAGUUGUACAACUGAAUGCAUUCAACUGAAAUGCGUGUUACAUAUUUAACCCAAGCCCUCUGAAUCAGAGAGCAGGUGUUGGGUGUUAACUGCCUUGCUCAGGGGCUGAACAACAGAUUUUGACCUUGUCGGCUCUGGGAUUCAAUCUAGCAACCUUUCGGUUAUUGGCCCAGGCUACCUGCCGCCCCACAUCCAAUGAUUUUUAGUCACGGCCCUGGCUGGAGUUAGUUUGUGUGUUUGUGUGAGACAGUGAGGAGGAUGUAACUUCCUGCCAUGUAAUUUCAGCCCCUAAAGUACUAUCCCUCUGGGAUUAUGCACCACCGGCCAAUAACAUUCAUCUCCUCGACAGUGAGCCGCUCCUGGAAUCCCCAGACAGCCAAUCAGAGUAGGACCCUGGGGGGAAGGCCACAGGUGUGAGAUAGCCACAGAGGAAGAUGUGUCACUGCAAAGAUGAGCCUGAGUCAAUGUUAUCUCAAUGCUGUUACUUCCCCCAUGGAGGUCUUAUAUGACAUUUAUACUGUAUCUAGAGGAACUGACUGACAAUUAACCAGUCAUAUAGCAUUCUGGUAAUCUAAGUCAGUAUUCCUCAACACAACAGCAUCCAACCUGGGAUUUAAACACGUCUAUACAUGUUCUCUCUCUCCCUACAGACCUCUCCAAUUAUUUCCUUUACCACGGGGCCUACACAACACCUUAAAGGCAUAGAGCUGCCCAAGGUUCAGAUGUCUGGAAAAACCUGGUUUAUUUCUGAGGUAAACUUGAACCAGUCUGAAAUACCCUGUGUGGGUUUUUACAGAUCUCUAUGAGUGGUUUCCCCUUUUACCAUAAAGUACCAAUCUGCUGAGUAUUAAUAGGUUGAUUAGCAGCUCUUGAACCAACAGGUCAAUCAGGUAAUUGGCCUGAGCAGAGGACACCAG